AUGUCCGAUGAACUGAGAGGUUCCACCCCUCCCCCCCAGUCCCCUUCCGACAGCAACAACGGCACUCCUGGAGGGGCUGGCCCGACAACCUUCCGUCCCAUCACCGAAGCAGAGCGUGAGGCGACCUCUGUUCUCCUGCAACAGAGGGCAGCAUUGAAACUCGGUGAAAUGAAACGAAAAGAAACUAUCGACUAUCAAAAGACCGUUGAAGACAAGGUCGUGGCUGCUCUUCAAGGGAGGACGUCUGCAGCUCUGCAUGGCGCCAAGGACUUGCUCUCCUUUGUCAAAGGAAACGCCGACAUGGAGGACAUGGUUGCCAAGAAUUUCUCACGAUUUUCAUCCUUGUUUGGUCAAGAAACUGGCACUACUAAUGAUGCUCUGCUGGGAUAUAGCUCUGCAUGCAAAAGCAUGCAGAAAUUGCAUGCUGAUCUGCAGAAUGUGCUGGCCUCAGUCGAGGUGAAACGCGCUGAAGAAUCUCUCUCCAGUGUAGAUGAAACGUGCAAGAAAUUAAUGUCGCAAGCCAACACUAUGUCUUCAGAUUUGCAAGCUGCUCGUGACAAGGUUAACAAAGCUUUCGCCGCUCAAGAAAAGGCUUGGAACGAUUGCGAGGAUGCAGCUAAGACGGACAAGGCUGUUGUGAAUGUUGAUGCGGAUCCGUGGUUGGCCGGGCUUAGAUAUCAGACUGCAAGCAAAGCACUUGAGACCGUCGAGGCAGCACAUGCCUCUGACCUCAAUCGACUCGUCCAGGAACUGAGGUCUAUGGAUUCACAAAGGCUCUCUACUAUGAAGGAUGUGCUUCGUAGUUAUGCAGAGGCCCGGCGAGCUCUCCUGGCCAAGGCACUACAGAAUGCUGAAGAACUUUGCAAUAUGGUUGAGAAGAUCGAACCAAAUCAGGAUUGUGAUACCUUCUUGGCGUCUGCUGAGAUCAAGGAGGGAAGCAACACCUCUGCCGCAUCGCUUGGCGUGUGGAUUCCGGAUGAGGCUGUCAGACAGGCGAAGCAUUUUGUCUGCACGAAAGCAGGUUUCUUGCAUUAUUUCGACUCGAAGUUCGAUCAGAACCCCAAGGGCUCCAUCCCAUUGAGCCAUGCCAAGAUCUCCACGGUCGACGACGAUGCGUGUGCGUUCGCCAUUGAAACCGACGAUGCUCAGCAGACAGCAGAUAAUCAGAAUCGCAUGCAGGCAUUCUUCCGUGGCAAAGCAAAGUCAAAGUUUGUCUUCCGCAGUGCUCUCGGUUCCCUCGAUCGCGAUGCCUGGAUAGCUGUCCUCGUCAAAUGCUCCCGCGUGGAACAGGCUCCUCUUCAGACUACCUGCGUCCCUUAA